UUUGAACUUUAGUCACGUUAUUUAAGCAGCUCCAUGAAACUAGGAUGUCGGCAUUGCAUGUGGUUUAGUUAUGUCGAGUGUGAGCAUGAAGUUUCAAGCCUCAUUGGCAGCUUGGAUCUCUGUUCUUGUGAUUCAGGUUGUGAGUGAGUCCACUUCACUUUAUCCAUUGAUCGAUGAGGCUCCUUCCGUUUCACGAAGCGACCCCUCAAAACUGGGAUGGGACGUGCAAGCAGCCAACAGAGUAGAUGAAGACAAUUCCGGAGCCUUGGAAACGAGAGCCUACGACAAGCACAGUGUGUCGAACGUGGCACGGCGAACGGCCAAGCGAAAUGCUCGCUUCGUGCGCCAAGGGAUGAACUCCGGACUGGACUUGUUGCACAGCGGAAUUGAACGAAGCGCGGAGUACAACGAAGCGCUCAGGCAGUUCGGGAUGAAAGGUGUGGAGGCGGUGCCCAAGACUGUGGCACCUGUGGUAUCCCCGUUCCUUGAAGGCGUCAUCCAGGCGGGCAACGCUGUCGUCGACGGCACGCUAGCCUUGGCGUCGGGGGUCACAAAAAGCGCUAAGGGGCUCAACGACGGACUCAUGGGUGGAGCUGAGUCACUCUUAAAGAAGAAGGGACCGCUCUCUUACCUCUGGGGCUCCUCGUAACUGUGCGUUGUCUUCUUGGUUGGAGUAGGAGGCUACCUAAAAGUUUCCGAGCCCCUGUCCACCUUCUUUGGAAAUUCGAAAAAGAAAGAGCAUCCUAAAAUUCUAA